UACCUUACAUGAAGUAAGACAAAGUUAAUGUGAAAAAAUUUCAAUGUUCUUCUCAAACAAUGGUAGGAAUUUAGUUUCAAAAUAUCAUAACUCGAUAGAAUGGACUUGCUUGGAUCGAUUUUAAACAAUAUGGAUGUACCUCCAACUUCUAAAGCUGACAAAGUUUUAAAGAAGAAUUUGAAAGAGCAGAAGGAGGCGAUGGAAAAGAUCCAAGCCAAAGAAAAGUUAAAAAGAGAUGAAUUCCGAAGUGAGGUUGAAAAGAAAGUGAAUGAGUUGAUGAAAGAUCCAAAUCAGACAUAUUUUAAGUACCCACCGAUGGAUAAAAUUGAGAGAAGUAUCAUUCAUGAUGUUGCUGAAAUUGCUGGAAUCACAUCAUACUCGUUUGGUGAAGAAGAUAUUGACAGACAUAUAAUUUUGUUUAAAAAGGAAUUUGCACCAAGUGAGGAAGAACUGGCAGUAAUAAGAAAAGGAGAGGAAUAUGAUCCAAUGAAGAUAAAAGAAGCUUUAGAAGAAAAGAAACAGAAGGCAUCAACAGUCAAGUCAUCAGACACCAAGCCAAUUAAAAUAAAACCAAAAGCCAACUACAAAGAAAAAUAUGAGCACCUUAUUGGCAAAGACAGUGGCAAGGAUAGUGCAAAAAUUACUGUGACAAACAACAGCUUUGGCUAUGUGCCAAGUGAAAAUAAGAAAGAUGUACGUUCCAUUGAAGAAACUAUGAAUGAAAUCGAGCAAGGAAGCGUCAAAAGACUUCCAACAAUGAAACAGGGUCAAAAGAUGAUUGAAAAUCUGCUUGUAUGGUUAGAUUACUGUAUGCAAUGAUUCCACUACAUUUCAUUGUCAACAAGUACGUAAGUUUCACAUUUAGGUUUAGAGUAAACCAUUAAAUUCAGUGAUUUUCACCAAAAACUCAUUGUGUGCUUUGACACAUGUAGAAGCACAACUCAAUUUGCAGCCAUAUGUAAUUUUCUGACACUUUAUUACUAUGGACAUGUGUUGUCAAUUUUAACCAUUGUCAUUUAAAUGAAAAUGAAUUAAAAAUGUCUCCAAAAGGCACUAAGUAACAAUUUUUAUGUUAGUUAAUUAAUCAGUCAAUUGAAAGAACUGUAAAUCCCUGUACAAAGUGUCCAUUUUAAUUAAAGACUUAUAAAAUCAAAA